AAGCAACGAAAUGCUGCACUGAAUUUGUAUAAACGGAUUUUUUUUACACUUCUUUGCUACACACUGGAUUUCAACAAACGGAAUUUUUAAACAGCUUCCGUAGGAUUCCUUUGCUGUCAGUGUUCCGCGGUGACAGACCGACAUCGCCGAGCCACACAACCCAAGCCCCCCUGCACUCAACUAUGGAGGAGAUCAGCAACAUUGAAGUGGUUCCCUGCACAGACUCCGACUACCUAAAGCCCUUCAGGCUGCACUACAACCAGAAUGGCACAAAAAAGUCCUGGGACUUCAUGCGAACUCAUGACAGUGUAUCUGUGCUGAUCUUCAACACCACCUCCCACUGUUUUGUCCUUGUCAAGCAGUUCCGUCCAGCUGUAUUCAUGUGUGAGUGGGAAAAGACCAAGACACAGCCAUGUCAAUCUGCUGAAAAGACAGAGGAGGGGGUCGCCGAAGCUGCAGCGUCUAGCUCCGAGAGCCAGGAGGCCCAAGCGCCUACAGCGGGGGAAAGCCCGUCUGCGUGGCCGCCGGCCGCCGCUGGGGUCACCUACGAGCUGUGCGCCGGGCUGGUGGACAAACCCAAUCUCUCCUUGGAGGAAAUCGCCAGACAGGAAGUGCUGGAGGAGUGUGGCUACGAUGUGCCUGCUUCAAAACUCAAGAGGAUUACUUCUUAUCGGUCGGGCGUGGGCGUCACAGGCGCCAAUCAGACCAUGUUCUACGCCGAGGUGUCCGACGACAACUGCGUAAGCGCAGGCGGAGGUGAUCCGCGGGAGGGCGAGCUCAUUGAGGUAGUCAAAAUCCCGUUGCACGAAGCCAUGACGUUCGCCUACAACGAGCGCAUCCCCAAAACCAUGGGUGUCAUAUUUAGCUUCAUUUGGUUCCAUAACAACAUGUCCCCGAAGUACAAGAUCUCCACCAACGUGUAACCACUAGUAACUUUUAUGUCAAAUCACUGGCCCAGCACACCUACUCGCCUCCUCAUAGCCCCUCACUUUUUUUUUUUUUCCGCCUAUUUCGUCAAUGGCACGUGAUGACAGGUGGACGUCUGCCAGCUUCUAUUUUGUCAAACGUUUUUUGUGUAUUUUUCCUAAACGCAGACUGCCUCAGCAGGCUGUCACUGGCACUUUUCUCCCCCAGUUGUGUGUCAUUUUUCCUGAAAAUGUAUGUUGCCAGGCAUGGAAAAUGGUAUUACAUAUCCCUGGUUUUAUGUAAACGAAUGCUCCACUGCUAAAACUUUUGCGUUGACACAAGCUUCAGCUGCAGACAUCUAUUUUUUGAACUACUGUGUUGACCCCUAUUUUUCAAUGCCCAGUUUUGGAAAAUAUAUAUUUUUUGAAAUGUGCCCUUUGAAAACUCUUACUUAAGAUGCGGUUUUGGAAAAAAAAAAAAAAAAAGCAAACAGCGGAGCAUUCCUUUACACUGCGAGCCAGUAAUGCAAAAACUAUGCUUGUCAAUGGCGGCGGCCUUUGAUCAUGGUGAUGGUUGCACCGUGUUGUUAGCAAUGCCUCAAACAGUUUCCUUGUUCUGCAGACUUUUAAUUGAUACCAACACAAUACACAAAUAUUUUGGAAAUUUAUCAACAUACUUGCAGAUUGUUGCUUAGCCCUGUUAGCUUAAGCACAGUUUGUGUGAUUGCGUGAGUACCAAACACAAUGAAAGCCACCCUGAAUGGUAUUGAAGUCCUGCUGCACCCAACAAGUAAUAAGAACGUGAACGACUCCGUUCACAUAAAGGUUGGUUUUGAUUCCAUUUCGGUUGCGUCAGUUUUGCUGGAAUGAAGUCUGACUGGAUAAAAAGAAAAAGAGUAAUCUUCAUGUGUUGGCUGACAUUCUAAUCAUAUAAGGCGAUGUUUAGGUAGGACGUCAACUAGUUAACUAUCUGUAGUAAUGCAAAAGAAUUGCUGCCUCACACACAAACUGGAUCCUACUUUGCUGUUCGCUAAAAGCUCAGGUCCUAUAAUAAAACUUUGCUCCGGUUCAGGGAGAAUCUCUGGAUGUGUGACGCUGACCAGCAUUUUAAUAUCAUUCUUCAAACUCGCUUGCAGCAAAGUCUCCAAUCGUCCUACUAUCUAUGAGUAUUCCUCCUCGUUCGAAUAAAGGGCUGGUACCGCAUCGUAAUGUUACGCAUGUCAGGUGGAAGAAUUUCCCACCAUAUCUUAAGUUUCCUUUUGGACAGUAUGCAAAAACGUAUUGUAGAUAACCAAUCUCUUGAAUCCAUGAUUGCAAUCAGAUCAUGUAAGAACCUCUCUUAUGGACCUGAGUGACUGAAAUAAAUGUGUUGAACUGUUAUUGACUGAACUUUAACACAGAAAUGUAAGCUGCAGACACCAUGUGAAAAAACACGUUAUUUGUUGCAAAAUAAGGUGACAAUCAACAUUUAUACGCGGUCACUUCCUUCACAGAGUAGGUUGGAGUAAUGAUCUCAACAAUGUUAGUGAUAAUCCCAGUUUUUGCAGAAGCAAUAGAAUAGUUCCAGGUGUCCUAGUGCAAUAAUUCGGUACAGUUUGGGUUUUUGCCGUGUUAUUCUCACCUGCACAAUUUCUACAAAUAUCAGCGAUACUCUCCUCUGUGUCUUUUCUAGGCAUUCCUUUAUGCAGAGUUGAAUGUUUUUGCAGUAAUUUUGUGAAUUCUGAGGUAGUCAAGCACUCACACAAAUGCAUAUAAAUGUCAUUUCUCAACAUUUGCAGCCCAUAUAGAAUACACAAAAAAGGGCAGAAUGCUAUGAUAUUGUGACGAUGUCAAAUUGCAAUGGACUAACUAUUGCCGCUUUCUUACUACGUAGUACUCGUUUUAGCUUGGCUCCAGUUACUUUGGUUGUUUUUUCAAUGUAUUUAUUUUUUCCCAACAUGUGGCUGUUAACUACAGUAAAGAAAUCAUUUGAAGAAAAAUAUUGUUAGUUUAUUUUUGUAAUUAUUAUUAUUAUUUAUAUUAUUAUUAUUUUUAAUAACUACAUUUAUUAAAGAGGAGAUUGAGGGCCACUGCAGCAAAGUGGAGACUGUGGAGUAUGUUACCGCAGCGUCCAGAGAUGAGGUAUGGCAACAGGGUACGCUAAUGUUAGCAUGUGUGUUUACUGUAAUAACUGAGCUAAAAGAAAUAUUGCACAAAAUAAAAUGCCCCAAAAUAAGAAAACUAGCACAUUUUAUUUGUACAAAAUGUUGUGCAAAAUUGAUAAAAUUGUAAAAAUUAUUUUUGGACAAAUAUUUUUGUUCCCGGACAAGUCUAUAAGGCACAGGUGUACACAUUGAAACAUGAAAUAUUUACACAGGCGCCUACCGGAAAAGUCAUUGAGCACAGUCUUUGUCCCUCUCCGCUGCCUUUCGUGGUCCGUUAGUGGUGGUGGAUUUCCAUUCUUUGUAUUGUCUGUUUCCUUUUUCGAUAGCCCGGUUGAUCGGCUUAGGCUGUGGGGCUGCGUCUUGCGCAUUUUGUAUUUUCUGCUAAUGAUAAGGGUGAGUCCAUAAGGCGCUAAAUGGCUGACUAAAUGAUUGUGUGCGCGCGUUUGAUUUAAUGUGAACAAUUUCAUUGGCCCAUCGUGACCCGUUGCAAUUUCAUCGGUCUGAUGCAGGGGUGUUCAAAGUGUGGUUCGGGGGGCCAAAUAUCGCCCCGCAGCUCGUUUUUUAUUGGCCCUCAGCAGAUCAUAAAAAUUAAAUGAAUUCAUUGUUAUCAAGAUGUUAUUAGUUAUGCUGUCAAACGAUACAUUUUUAAAAUCAGAUUAAUCACAGUUUUACAUUUGGAUUAAGUACAAGUAUUACCAUUGGUAUAAACUUGCUUACAUGAUAUCAAUUGACGAAUGAUUCUAUUAACUUAAGUCACCAAUGCAAUUUUGUUGUUAGAAUUGAUAGAAGGUAAAAGAGCAAAUUUAUUUGCGCGAUUAAUCUGCGUAUAUACGUGAUUAUUGCAAUAUAUUUUAUAAUUAAUCGUAAGAGUUGACUCGUUUUUUUCUGACAUUCCAAGUUAUUACAUUACACACACUUUCUUUGUCGCGUAUAACACAAAGCUAACGUGGAUGUUUUGUUCAGGUAGCUUUGCAUGUAUUGACGCAGACUUGGUUGCUUUUAGCAUCUUUAAUCUACAAAAUGUAUCAAAGUGGCCCCCACGUCCUUCAACUUUACUUUACACAGGCCUCGCUGGAAAAGGUUUGAAUGGUCUGAUGUGACGAGGCUAAAUUUAUUGGUGGCAUGUGAAGCUUCUGAACCCAGAAAAUCUAUAAAUUAGCCGCAGCAUUGUAUAAAACUAAGGGUUCAAAGGGUGGGAAAGAAGUAGCUGCUUUCCGUCCGGAAAUUACAGUAUUUUUGUUACUUCUAUUCAAAAACCGCUCAACCAAUGAGCAACCUGCAGUAGUGUACACCGCCCGCAUGGACCGGGUACUAGAAAUAACUAUUUUUUUUCUACAAAUAGAAACACUAAGGUGAGCCAAGUCGGUACUGUGCAGUAAAAAAGGGCCGUCGUUAAAGCCUCCAAUCAGAUUUUUUUGAUGUCAUCCCUUUGCUGCUCACAGCCCACAGGGGCCUACUUUAAAUAGUAUCUGAGGACUGCCAUAGAGCAUUGUUAUGAUAUGCUGUGAUGUACAAUAUCAAUCGUUAUAAUCUGGAGUUAGGUUUUAUUUGGCAUUUCUCACCAAAUUCUUGCAAUUUCUAAAGGAGUUGCACUUUCUAAGGCAGCGACACUUUAUCCGUUUUUUUUUGUGAGACAGGUUUUUUAAUUUUCAUUUUACGUUUUACCACAAAAAUGUCCGAUCCUGUGCAAGACCUUAACUUGUCAAAAUGUAAUCCAUGUUUGGAAAUGUUAAAGGGAUACUGCACUUUGCCUAUGAGUCACAAUCCUUAUGUAAGACAAGAACAGGUAUGUUUUUAUAUUUUUAUGCUUUCUAUAUGUCAAUGGGAGCUCCUCUACUCUGCCCACAAAGCCCUCUGAAUAACCAUCCAAAAACCGCCAACACUGCUCUAUUUGAAUAUCGUGAUCUGAAUAUUAACUAAGUAUCAGCAAUAUUGUUAUUGUAAGACAAUCUAUUUUUAGCGGCGCAUUGAUCACAGAGAGCUAACUAGCCUAUGCUGCUGUAUUGAAACGUUGAGCCGGUGUCCUGCUGCUGCUUCAUCCUCUGAUUUGGUAAAAGUUAAUUCUAGAUUAUAAAUCACCUGGAGAGUAGAAUGUUGUUACCAUAGACCGAGAAGUGGCCAUCUUUGACAUUCAACUUAUACCCAAAGAUGGCGAGAAAGACACAAAAAGACGCUUGUUUGCGGCAACUUUUUUCACAAGGAUGAUUAAGUCUUCAUCUAAAUGGGAAGUGAAAGCAGACAUUGUGCAGUACGUGAUUGUUUUAGUAUGUUCAUUGUUUGUAUUUCUUGUUUACCACUUAGCAAUACUGCUACACGAUGCUUUGUGUUUCACUAAAGAUAGAUCUGUUAAGCACACAGCUCAUCCUCCAUAUAUUCAGGCUCAAAAAUAUAAGGUUCUGGAUCAUAAUUUGUCCAAAAGUAGUCUUUGUUGUUUCUCACAAAGUCUGCCGUGAGUAGUAGAUUUGCUGUUGUUAAAGGGAAAAGUAAACGUUAUGCGUUUGUGAAAUUAAUACGCCGCUGUAUGCUUAAAAUGAGCAAAAUAAGUAAAUAUUUCUGUAAAUUCCGGACUAUAAGCGGCUACUUUCUUCCUAGAUUUUGAACCCUGCGGCGUAUAAAACGGAGCGGCUAUUUUUUUCCGCUAAUGGCCCUAAGGUUUUGUGUUCAAUAGUUUGCAUUAAACUAAAAUGCUGUGUUACUGUCUGUGCCAUGGCGCCAAAUUUUGGGCGAGUUUGUUUACUGCAGGUAUUGCGGGUUGAAAAUGUAACUUCCUGUUUUCAUGCGGUAAACAAGAAAUAAGCAUCCGUCGCGUUUUGCUCGAAAGGAUUCUUCACUCAUCACUCCAAGCAACCUUUUUAGGUUUCACAGUUUAACUAAAAAAUGUCUUACUUACUGAACCGUCCCAUGUGUGAUGUCUGUAGGAGUGUUUCCAUGCAUAUUUGUACGUGCUAUGGUAACGUAAUCAAGCUCGCAUUGUUAGCAUUAGCUCAUAUGCUAACAUGUUUACCAGAGUCUGUGUUAGUAUUAAUCACUUACUUUUUUGUAUUGUUUCAGUUUCACAAAUUCCUAAGUAAGUUCGCCAAAACGUUAAAGUACCAAUGAUUGUCACACACAUACUAGAUGUGGCGAAAUUAUUCUCUGCAUUUGACCCAUCACCCUUGAUCACCCCCUGGGAGGUGAGGUGAGCAGUGAGCAGCAGCAGUGGCCACGCCCGGGAAUCAUUUUUGGUGAUUUAACCCCCAAUUCCAACCCUUGAUGCUGAGUGCCAAGCAGGGAGGUAAUGGGUCCCAUUUUUAUAGUCUUUGGUAUGACUCGGCCGGGGUUUGAACUCACAACCUACCGAUCUCAGGGCGGACACUCUAACCCAGGGGUGUCAAACUCAAAUACAGAGUGGGCCAAAAUUUUAAACUGAACAAAGCCGCGGGCCAAUGUUGAACAAAUUAACCUUUUAAUAGGGACCCAAACAAGUUUUGCAUUAAAUAUUGAACAAGCAAGGCUUAUAUAACUUUAUAGUGACAUGCAAAAUCGAGUUUCAAAUAAUUAUAAUAAUAAUAAAAAAAUAUCAAUGGCAUAUCAAAUACAAUUUAAAUAAAAAUGUAAUCCCUCUUUUCUAUUUGCAGCCUUCUGAGGUAAAUAUCAACAUGAACUUUUUCCACAGGCUAAUAAAUUUGAAAAUUAAAUAACAAUGAAUAAACCAACCAUUGAGGACUUUAAACUGCUCAGUUUGCAACAAUGAUCUAAUCUGAUGUGCCCAAGCCAGAUACCUGCCAUCUUUUCUUGGAUGCUAGUUCAUUAAUGUCGGGGCUCAGGCUUUGAGCUGAGGCAACCUUCAUUAUCCAACGAAGGUGUUCAUCAGUCAUUAUAUCUCGUAGUCCACCCGGACCACAGUCUUGGGGGCGUGCCUUAAAGGCACUGCCUUUAACGUCCUCUAUGAGCUGUCGUCACGUCCGCUUUUCAUCCAUUCUAACAACGUGCCGGCCCAGUCACAAGAUAUGUGCGGCUUCUGUACGCACACACACGUGAAUGCAACGCAUACUUGAUCAACAGCGAUACAGGUUACACUGAGGGUGAAGCGUAUAAAAAACUUUAACACUGUUACAGAUAUAUGCCACACUGUGAAUCCACACCAAACAAGAAUGACAAACACAUUUCGUGAGAACAUCCACACCGUAACACAACAUAAACACAACAGAACAAACACCCAGAACCCUUUGCAGCACUAACUCUUCCGGGACGCUACAAAAUACACCCCCCGCUACCACCAAUUUUGGCCCGCAGGCCAGAGUUUGACACCCAUGCUCUAACCACAAGGCCACUGAGUAGGUACAGGCACUGUUUGGAAACAAUUAAGGUAUGUAAAUAAACAUUUACAAAAUAUUCCUGUGUAAAUACCUCAUGUAACAACGUAUGUAUGUGCGACUUAUAGUCCGGUGCGGCUAAUAUAUGGAAAAUGUUUUUUUUCUUCUAAAAUUUUGUGGGUGCGGCUUAUAUCCUGGUGCGCUCUGUAGUCCGGAAAGUACGGCAUAUGUUAUUAUGCAUGUGUCUGUUACUGCAUUCCAUAUAUAUGUACAGUGUGUAUAUAAAACGUUGAUGGAGGUUUUUUAAAACGCUUUAUAGGCGAAAUAGAGCGACUCCAAUUGGCUUCAUUGUUAGUUGACUUGUUAACAAUUUUUUACAAUUUAGAAGGGAUUUAAAGAAAAAAAGCAAAACAUUCUGUAUGUGUUCUUGUCUUGCAUCGGGAUUUUUAUUGAUAGGCAAAAUAGAAGAAAAAAAAAAGUGCAUUUCCCCUUUAAGCGACAUCACACCUUCACAAUAUCUGCACCUUUGCAAUUUAUUUACAAGCCAUUCUUUCCACAGUCGAAAGUGACGUUUGCCACUAAAAAGCCAUAUGCUCGCUCUCUUUUAACGCUGGCGAGGUAUGCAGCUGGUGGUUUUCAAAUUCCUCCUUGCCUGCGGUAACUAUAGGACCAUGAGCUCAACGUUAAAGACACUUCUACCUCCAUCACUCAGGCACACAACCCAACUAUUUUGUGCCUGUUUGCUGUCUAACACGGCGCUGACAUAUCCGACUCUCAGCAUCGCAUCAGAAAACCACUUCAUCCAGCACAUUUCAGUGUUGUAUCUUAUUCCUUCCCCAUGACUAUGCUGUAGUUGCUUCUUUAACUGUGACUGUUUCUUUUAUAUCUCUGCACUUUUCUUUUUUUUUUUUUUUUUUCAUGUCGCUGCGAUUUCUUUGAUAAAGGUGCUAAAUGUUGUGUCCUAUUUAGUAAGACAGGUGGAGUACUGUUAAAUUAGGAGUUGAUAUGCGGACGUCGCAGUUCAUAUAUUAACUGUUUGUCUCACUUUCUUCAUUAGGCACCACAGCUUUAUUCAUUUACCUUUUUCCGGUUUCUUUUUAGCAGACUGGUAGCUGGAUUUAGACAAUCUACAGGAAAGUAAUCCGCUAUAAAACUCUUCAUAUUGACAAGAUAUUUACUGGAAAUACAAGGUAUUUACAUUUUUCUUUAUCACAAAGUCUUCAGUCAUAUUUUUAUUGUCUGACUUUCUUUCUUAAAAAAAAAAAAUGUACACAAAUACGUGUUUUACGCUUUAUUAAGAGUGUUGGAUCUCUGUGCCCGUUGUUUUUCGGUAUUGUUCCAAUUCAGUUCAUUCUACUGACUCAGUGUUAAUAUAGGGUAAUUUUGAAAACAUGACUAUUGGUACAAACAAACGGUAUACAUUCAAAUAAGAUACUUUGCAUGUGCACUAACUGUGAUGGAUUAAGCUGAAAUAAAAUGGGUGCAAUACCCAGAAAUCA